AUGAGCCGAGCGGAGCAGGUGGGCGACCGCCUCUCAGGCCCUCGCCCACAGCCCCAGCCUCAGCCUGGGCGGUCGAUGGGCCCCCGCACCUUCACUAUCGACAGCAUCCUUCGCCCGGAUCUGCGGGGGACGCCGCGGCCUGGAUACUGCGGGGGGCCGCGGGGACCUAGCCCAGCCCUCGAGCCUCAGCAGUACGAGGACCCAGAGGAGGAGGAGGAAGAGGUGGCCGUGGAGGUCGGGAGGCGCGAUCUUGGCUCGGGAAAGGCAGAGAGCAGAAGCCCGAGCCGGAGCCGGAGCCGGAGCCGCAGUGGGAACCCAACCAGAAACAGGAGCACGAGCCGGACUCGCGGCUGGGACCCCGGCCAGUGUAGAGAGGCAGGUGGAGGCCUCCAGGGGGCCUCGGGGCCUAGGGAGCUGCCCUGCCCUAGAGGCAGCAGCCCGGACACCACAGAUCGCAGCGAGUGCCGAGCUGGACCAUCUUCUGGGCCGCAGUCCAACAAAAAGAAGACUAGGACCAUCUUCUCCAAGAGCCAAGUGUUCCAGCUGGAGGCCACAUUCGACGUGAAGCGCUACCUGAGCAGCGCCGAGCGGGCGGGCCUGGCCGCCUCCCUGCAACUUACCGAGACGCAGGUGAAGAUCUGGUUUCAAAACCGCAGGAACAAACUCAAGAGACAGUUGGCUGCCGAGCCCGAUGGGCCAGUGGGGACCCAGGCGUCCGAGCAGGCCUCGGAGCUGCCGGCCCUUUAUAAGGACUCGGCCUUCCUCAGUCGCUGCUUGCUGCCGCUGUCGCUUCCCCUCCUGUGCCCCGGGCACAGCUUCCCCUACCUCUGCCUCCCCCGGCCAGGCAAAUACUUCAGUCUGCUUGACGGAGACGUAUAA